AUGACGACCACAACUCCCGGCUCCACGCUACCUCUUCUCGCACCGGACCUGACGGUAACGAGUAUCUUUGUCGGCACAGAGCCACGCUACUUUACCGUUCACAAGAACCUUCUUUGUCACUACUCGAAUUACUUUCGCGCCGCUUACGAUUCAGGGAUGAAAGAGGCGCAUGAGCAUCGGUUCGUCCUCACGGAUGAUGUCGACCCUGCGGCCGUCUCGACACUAAUCACUUGGAUGUACACCGGGAUGAUACCGCUGAGUCUGGGGUCUGAGUACGAUGGAUCUGAUGAGGAAUAUGUCGAAGGCGACGAUCAUUCGGACACUACCGAUUCGGACGCGGGUGACGAACCCAACAGUGAAAUGACGCCUGAGGAAGAAGAGUUUUACAUCGCCAUAAACAACAACCUGCGCGAUCGACAUUCCAGCCUCGAGCUUGCACUGCCAGAUCGCUGGGAAGUCAUGAGACAACAUUGGCACGGCCAGGAGGUUCUCGAAUUAGACGACGGCGACGACUCGAACGGCAAAUCCUUGCCGAAGAUGCAAGGCAACGAGUAUGGGUUCUGGUCUUCGAUGCACCAGGGUCGUCCAGAGCAGCAUUACUUUCUAGCCGUCGAUCCCUAUGCUACGGAGGGGACGGAAGCGACAGACCAAUCUGUACAUCCUGGCGGACCGCUGGCGAACAACCCCUCCGCACUUCCCUCAUUCGCGACGGUCAUCACCGCUUUCGAGAACCUCCCCUCGACGUCCAAAUUACGGCUCUGGAUGGUCCACGUCUUCGCCUACGAGUGGGAUCCGGAGAUGGACAGUCCUAAGGAGGUCGCUUUGCGUGACUUCUUGCCGAAGGAGUUUCUUUUGGAGAUGGCUUUGGUGAAUGCUAGACGAUUGCCGAGGAGAUUGAGCGGGGAGACGGCGCUGCUUGAUGCGGAUUUGUGCUACUUUCAUGAUCAUGUUACGCAUGAUCAAAUGGUGCAGUGUCGGACGAAGAGGGGAGUCAUCGUUGGUGAGGAAGAUGACGAGGAGGAGGACGACGACGACGACGUCGACGUUGAGGGAGGCGAUGGGGAAAGCAGCGAAGAGUCUGGUGAUGAGGAGGAUAUCGCCAUGGAUGGAGCGUAG